UUCGAAGAAAUCGCGGGAAAUCAUUAGAGGUGCGCUACCUUAAACGGAAGAUCCAGAGCGGCCCAGACAUCCCCGCGAUCUACACGAAGCCUCCUAACAGCUCCUAUAAGCUGCUAGAGAGCCACGAGUUCUACGUGAAGGGAGGUCGCCCCAUACCGAUAGCGGUGCCGCCGCCAUGCCCACAGAACCGAACCAAGGCGGAAGUGUUCGAAGAGACAGAAUACCUGCUAGUGGACGACAAGGCGAUACGGGUGCCCAUGACCGUGCUGAGCAAGCCUGUAGAAGGUCUCGUGGAGUACCUGACCGAAGGAUACGAGGACGAGAUCUCCAGGGUGCGGGUUCUGUUCCGAUGGCUGACGAACCAGCCGAUCCACCGGAUGCAGUCGUUACAGACUAAACCGAAGAACAGCCAGUCGGCGCUCUACUUCUUGUGGAUGCUUCGCACGAAGAAACAGAGAUACUCGAAGUUCUUCAGUCUGCUGUGCAGAUACGCCGGUAUAUACACUGUCACUGUACACGGUGCUGUCAAAGGUAUCCACUAUCAGAUAGGCGAUAAGAUGGACCUCCAGAAACACUACGGCGAGUGGAACGCCGUCUGCGUGGACCGCGAGUGGCGCUUGGUGGACGCUCUGUGGGGCGCGUGCAGUGAGAAGGAUCCGGGCGACGGCAGGGGACGCUUCACGUGCGACGAACGUUUCUUCUUCACCGACCCCAAGGACCUCCUGUUCACGCAUUUCGCGGACAGCCCGAAGUGGCAACUUCUGGACUCGCCGCGUCACAUCGAGGAUUUCGAGGAGAGCGCGUGCCUGAAGAACCGGUUCUUCGAGCUAAGCAUGCAGGUACUGUCGCAUCCGGUGAGCGAGAUAGAGGCGAUAGACGGGGAGGUAGAGGUCUUGUUCGGUGUUAAGCCAAAACCAGGACAGGAGCAGAAGUUCAAUUGCUACAUUUCGCACUUCGAUAGACCGGAUUCCAAGCGGUAUCUAACGAAAGGCUCGAACACGAGCGUGCCGAUAUUCAUACAUAAGCUCACGGACAGCUCGAUCUCCGUAAAGGUCCGUUUUCCGGAAAGCGGAAUUUUCCGAAUGGAGAUCGUCGGGAAGGAAAUUUCCAAAGGCAGUCGGUACAAGGAGUACGACUGGGUGGCGAUUUACAAGGUCGUCGUGGAGGAGGCGGCAGACCGAGGGUUCCCGAAGAUGGACCCGAUAGGCUGGGGACCGGGGAAGGAAAUACAACUGAUUGGACUUGCGCCGUUCAACUACACCAGCGGGUUAGUGAUCGCAAAGAGCGUUCAGACGAAACUACGGUUCAAGAUAGUGGACACCACCCUGGUCCAGAACAUGAAAUUCUUUUUUAAGAUGGCGUCCACGUAUGACAAUGACUAUAACGUGAGUGCCUUAAGUGACAAAUUCGAGGUGGAUAUGAAUAUCAUGACGUUUUUCAUCGAGGCGCCGCCUUUUGGGGAAUACACAUUAAAGAUGUACGCGAGAAACGUGCGCGGUAACAAUAUUCCUAUGGAACAAAGGCGCGAAAUUAACGUCUGCAACUACUUAUUGAUCAGCGACGUCCAACAGCGUGAGGAACCACUUGGAAUUCUGAUGGAAAAGACGGAAAUCGAAGACACUCCAGAAAUGCCGAGAAAGGUUCAAGAGCCGCGUCGGUUAGAAGAGCCGCCGCCCAUGCACAGGCCAUCGGAUGCCGCGGAAUCGGUCGUUAGUGCGUCGAAUGUUAUCAUGGACUCGAAUUCGCAUAAGGCGGAUAGUAUGCGUGGUUCGCCGGAAGUGGAAAAAGACCCUGGUCCACCGGAUCACAUUACUAAGGUGAUAAUAUCGGAACCGAAAUCACCUAAGCAGUCGUUUGUAAGAGUAGACGGCGACUUACAAGAGAUACCGGAAAUUCCUCUGAGCGUCAUUCAGCCCGUAAAACCGGACGUCGAACGUCCCCGCGAGAAAAGGGAGCUAAAAGUUGUUUCCAGCAAUAAAGUUGUUCCCCUGAAAAGCACGGGAGGGAUUGACGGAAGCAUCAUGCUGGUUGCUGACGAAGAUAAACCAACUCGACCGAAAACCGGUCUGCGUCGGGCAAGAUCCUCCGACGAUACGAAAUUCUUCACCUCUGUGGCAAAGGUCAAAGGUCAAGUAGCCACCGGAUACUGAAAGGUCCUGGUCGCGGAGACUUUUCGAAAGGAGAUUUAUACCAAAAAUGUAAAAUAUUUAUAAUACAGUUAGUUUCGCUUCCGCAUUGGAAAAACGUAUAUGUUACAAAUAAAUAGAUAAUUGACUAAAUCAUCAAGACCCGUAAGUGAACCGCGAGUGAACCGUGAGUGAACCGUAAGUGGCCAGAAAGGAAAUGUUGAAAGCAGACAUUAUUGUGCUGGUACUUUAUGUCAUGUUUUAAUUUUCAGAGUUUGUACAAACUAUUUUUGACCUGAACAGUAAUGUUCAGGUUUGUCAGUAAAUUAAAACAACCAUAUUUAGUGAUUUACCAUAAAUAAAAGAACGUCCUCAAUUCAAACUGCGAUUCUGUAUAAAAUAGAACCAUUGAUAGUAAACCAAAAUUUUUAAAUCGCAUACUCUUUCAGAUGUCAUUAGAAAUGUCUUAAUUUUUUUUUUAAUUUUAAGGUGGACCAUUAGAUGUUAUACACCGGUCAUAAACAAUGCAACGUUGCUAACCGUGUCUGUCGAUUAAUGUUUUUUUUUUGUUAUUUCUGUGUUUAUCCUCAUGUUAAGAAGUUAUGUUGACGUUUUUGCUUAUUAAAAAGAAUAAGUACGUGAAUUUUCAUACAAAAAAACCAAAGUUUUCACUAUUGAUUUUUUACAUGUUCUUUCAUAUAGCAGUAACUUCGCCGGAAGCCUUGCCUCGCUAUAGUGUUUUGCACCGAUUAUUAUUGAAAUAUCCUGACGUUAUUAUGUGCGAAAUAAUGUUAUGCCAACAAAGAUACGUUACGUAUCCUAUACAGUCAUUAAUUGGAAAGUUUCCUCUUAAAAAUGCCGAUUGAAAAUGUUUAUUAUUAGUGAAUUGUCUACAUACACGGAAUGUUAACAUAAUGUGCCGAUGUAAAUUAGCUUAGAUGACAGUUUGUUCCGCCCAUUCAAUGAAGUUGUGACAUUUUCUUGAAUGUGUUGUUGUAAAUAA